GUCUGGACCUGCUUCGAUCUGCUUGGACCCCCAUAAUUGGAAUGGCCCAUUGAAUCACUUCCGAUCUUCUAACCCCUCCCCCCACCAACCCCCAGCAUGACCGCCCGUCUGGUCCUGGUCAUUGGUGACCUGUUCAUCCCUGACCGAGCUCCCGACCUCCCCGCCAAGUUCCGGAAACUCCUAACCCCCGGCAAGAUUGGCCAAAUCCUCUGUCUGGGUAACCUGACCGAUCGCGAUACAUAUGACUUCCUCCGCCAGGUCGCGCCGGACCUGCAAAUGGUCAAGGGCGACUUCGAUGUCGACUCCCCCAACCUUCCGCUCUCCAAGGUCGUAAAUCACGGCAGCCUGCGCAUCGGUUUCACUCACGGACAUACCAUCAUCCCGCCCGGCGAUGCAGAUGCGCUGCUGAUUGCGGCGCGACAGAUGGAUGUUGAUAUCUUGCUUUGGGGCGGUACCCACCGGUUCGAGGCGUUUGAGAUGGAGGGCCGUUUCUUCAUUAAUCCAGGCAGUGCUACGGGCGCGAUGAGCCCGGGCUUCUGGCCGGAGGGCGAAGAACCUACCCCGAGCUUCUGCUUGAUGGAUAUUCAGGGAGAUGUUUUGGUGCUCUAUGUGUAUCAACUGAAGACAGAUGCUAAUGGCGUCGAGAACGUGUCAGUUGAGAAGGUCUCAUACCGCAAGAACCACGCUCCUGCACCAGAAGCAGCGCCGGUAUCUUGAUCUCACUCUAUCUCCUCCUUUCCUUACCUUUCCCUACUCCUUCUACCUCACGUGUAUAUAGUCAUCUUCCUAUCCGUCCCUCAUGUUUGUUUCAUUCUAGCAAGCCCGGUUUCUUUGCUUCAAUUCCAUUUUCUGAUACCUCAAGAUUGAUUGGGUUUCCCCAGUAUUUAUAGAUCUGUCUAUAUGAAUUCCUUGUGUAUCUUGAUAUCUACUCUUGGGCUUCCUUGUCAUGAGAUGCGCCGGUAGGCUUAGGAAAUAGCUC